AUGCACGAGAUCAUCACUCUGCAACUCGGCGAGCUGAGCAACUACGCAGCGACUCAUUUCUGGAACACCCAGGAAUCCUAUUUCACCUACUCGGCCGAGGAUGAAUCUCCGGUGAAUCACAACGUUCACUGGCGCCCAGGUGUAGCCCUGGAUGGCUCCGAGACCUUCCUCCCGCGCACCAUCAUCUAUGACCUGAAGGGCGGCUUCGGUUCACUCCGCAAGAUCAAUGCCCUCUACGACGCCAGCGAUGAAUCUGCUCCCACCCAUCUCUGGUCGGUUCAAUCCAUAUCCCCUCACCAGAACGGCCCUUUGUUUCCCCAGUCCUGCUCACCUCAUGACAGGGAAGGGUCCGCUCAUGUUCACAAACAGCCUGAGAUAGAGCAGAGUGCCUACCAGCAGAGUCUUGAUCUUGGCGCUCCUGCUCCGACACUCAAACCGUCCGACGUGCGGUACUGGUCAGACUUCUCUCGCGUCUUCUACCACCCGAAGUCACUCAAUCAACUAUACGACUAUGAGCUCAACUCAUCCAUUAUGCCCUUUGAUAAAUGGUCACUAGGAAAAGAGCUUUUUGACGGUCUGGACAGGGAACAUGACAUAGUGGACCGAGAUUUUCGCCCCUUCAUCGAAGAAGCGGACCAAACGCAGGGCUUCCAAAUCGUCACCACCAUCGACGACGCCUGGGGUGGCUUCGCGACCGAGUACAUCCAGCGUCUACGGGAUGAAUACGGAAAAACUCCCAUAUGGGUUUGGGGUCUGCAGGCACCUGCUCCGGGGCUGAUGAUUGAUCAACGACGUAUGCAAGCAGCCAAUACUGCGAGAACCGUCAAGGACCUAUGUGAGCAUGCUUCCAUGAUGGUGCCCAUGGCACUUCCUCAUGGCCGACUGCCCUCCAAAAUCAACCUGAACUUGCAGUCUCUCUGGCAUACCUCAGCCCUGCUAAGUACUGCCAUGGAGACGGCCACUAUCGCGUCGCGUCUGAAUUCUCAAGUUGGUGGGAGUAGCCCUCAGGCCUCACUUGGUGAUUUAGUCAGCGGUUUGAAUCUGCAGGGUAAGCAGACUAUGAGCAGGCUUCAGUUGAGCGUUACCGGGCCGAAAUCAAUCUCGAGCGCGGGAAUAAACCAUGUAGACGACCAUACCAAGCUGGACGUUGACGUUUUUGAUAUCCUGAGAACAAAACCCCUGCCCCGCAAAAGAAGCCUCGAGGAAUCGGCCAGCACGCCACAUUUCUUUGGUCACACUGUCACCACCCGUGGCCAGGCACAAAUCUCGGAAGAUAGCAAGCAAAGAUAUCGGCCCAGAGCUGCCCUUGUGGAGACGAGCACUCAAAGAUACCACACAGAAAAGGGGUUCCCCAUGCUCGAUAGUUUCCCUCACAUCUACCCAGACCGCAGCGACAAGACCUCCCCAGAUACUUUGGGCACCAUAGCGAGCCUCUCCACAGACACAUCCGUGUCUGCAGCAAUGAAAGAACUGCGCAUAGCUGUUGCGUCCUCCAUCGGUGUGGAGGAUCGUGAGGAUAUUAGCAACGAGCUUGCCGAUCUUGCUGAAGCAUACCGUGAGGGUUGGUCGAGUGGUAGUGACGACGACGACGACGACUACUGA